AUGAGCGAAACAAUGGACGUGAUAGACGAGAAAGUUAAUGGCGGACCACCGAUGGAGGUCGAUGAGGUUGUCUCUGUCCGUGAUCAAGGGGCAUUUGCUGCCAAGCAUAUGCCAGACCUUGGACACGAAGUGAAGGAGUUUCAGGUACACACCUGGCACUUGACCAAUUGGAAGAAAUUGGAGAAGAAGAUCACUAGUUCAGAGUUUGAGUGCGGUGGCCACAGAUGGAGAAUUCUGCUCUUCCCCUUCGGAAAUUCCAACGCUCCGCCAAAUGAUACCGUUUCGGUGUAUCUAGACUACGCCGAUCCAAAGAGAGCGCCAGAAGGCUGGCAUGCUUGUGCACAAUUCGCAUUGGUCAUCUCCAACCCUCAUGACCCCACAAUAUACACAGUCAGCCAUGCUCAUCAUCGCUUCAUCGCGGAGGAGUGUGACUGGGGUUUCACGCGAUUCAGCGAGUUGCGGAAGCUUUUCAGUAUACAGGACGGACAUCAUCGUCCGACAAUUGAAGACGAGGCGGCCGAUGUUAGCGUGUUUGUGCGGGUGUUGGAAGACCCCACCGGGGUGCUGUGGCACAAUUUUGUCAACUAUGACUCGAAGAAGGAGACUGGGUAUGUUGGGCUGAAAAACCAAGGUGCAACAUGCUACAUGAACUCCUUACUUCAAUCGUUGUAUUGCACGCGUUACUUCCGAAAGGCUGUAUACCAGAUUCCUACAGAAGACGAUCUCCCAACGGAAAGCGUUCCUCUCGCAUUGCAGCGAGUGUUCUACCACUUGCAAACAUCAGACCAGCCCGUUGGUACCACCGAGCUGACCAAAUCUUUCGGCUGGAAGUCACUGGACUCCUUCUUGCAGCAUGAUGUGCAAGAGUUCAACCGGGUACUGCAGGACAAGCUUGAAAUUAAAAUGAAGGGAACCAAAGCGGAGGGUGCUAUCGCAAAGCUGUUCGUCGGCAAGAUGAAGAGUUUCAUCAAGUGUGUGAACGUGGACUUCGAGUCGUCGAGAAUUGAGGAGUUCAACGAUAUCCAACUGAACGUCAAGGGUAUGAAGAACCUCUACGAAUCGUUCAAGGACUAUGUAGCGGUGGAGAUGCUAGAUGGCGAGAAUAAGUAUCAAGCCGAGGGUUACGGUUUGCAGGACGCCAAAAAGGGCAUAAUCUUCGAAACUUUUCCCCCCGUUCUUCACCUCCAGCUAAAGCGGUUUGAGUAUGACAUCCAACGCGAUGCCAUGGUGAAGAUCAAUGAUCGCCACGAGUUUCCAUUCGAGAUUGAUCUCGAUGAGUUCUUGGACGAGACAGUGGACAGAUCGCAACCAUGGGUCUACAAACUGCAUGGAGUCCUCGUACACUCUGGAGACCUCCACGGUGGCCAUUACUUCGCCCUCAUCAAACCCGAUCGCGAAACACGAUGGCUCAAAUUCGACGACGAUCGUGUAACUCCUGUCACUGAUCGCGAAGUUCUGGAGGAGAAUUAUGGUGGUGAAGUGCUUAACGGUCUGGUUCCACCUAUGCAGCGCAAUCAAGUGCGGUCCAUGAAGCGGUUCACGAACGCAUAUAUGUUGGUGUACAUUCGCGAGUCAGCCAUAGACGAAGUUUUAGCUCCUUUCAAAGAAGAGGAUACUCCUGCUCAUCUGAAGAGGCGUUUGGAUGAGGAACGACUUCAGAUUGAGGCCAAGAAGAGGGAACGGGAGGAACAGCAUCUCUACCUCACUGCGAAGGUUAUCACGGAUGAUACGUUCUCUGAAUAUGAAGGGUUCGACUUGGCGACAUUCGACGAGAGGAAUUGGCCCGCAUCGGAAUUGCCGACAUUCCGUGUCCUCAAGAACGAGACUUACAGCACGUUUAAGUCUCGGGUGGCGCAGCACUUUAACUAUCCGGAGAGUCAGAUCCGUCUGUGGGUACUAGUCAACCGACAGAACAAGACCGUCAGGCCAGACACUCACAUACCAGAGAAUGAACCAGCUCUUACUGUGGAGGUGAUCCGGAAUAACAUGGCAGUCAGGCAGCAAAACGACCUGAGGUUGUACCUAGACGUCCUUGCCGAUCCGAACAAGCCGGAAGUGCCUCCAGGCUCCAUCAUGAUCUUCCUGAAGCAUUUUGACACAUCCAAGCAGACCCUUUGUGGCGUUGGAAAAGUCCACGUACAACGAAGCAGCAAAGUCAGUGAUCUGGUGCCCAUUAUCAACGAGCGCAUGCGAUGGACACCAGGAACACCACUGAAGCUGUACGAGGAAAUCAAACCCGGCAUGAUUGAGCUCAUGAAGCCCAAGAUGACCUUCACACAGAGCGAGAUCCAGGAUGGUGACAUCAUCUGCUUCCAAGUGGACAUCAGCGACAAGGAGAUUCAUGAUCUUGAGAGCCAAGGUCUACAUUCGAAUCCCACACAGUUCUAUGACUUCCUCCAGAACCGGGUGAUGAUAUCCUUCAGGGCAAAGUAUGAGGAGAGCGAUCAAGAUCAUUCUGAGUUCAACCUCGUUCUCAGCAAGAAGCAGAACUACGACACCAUGUCCCAGAAAGUUGGGGAGCGCCUACGACACGAUCCGAUCAAGCUGCGCUUCACCACGACUCAUGCGACGAACGGCUCCCCGAAGUCUAUCCUCAAGCGGUCCCUGAAUCCAAGUGUCGCCGAGAUCAUUUCGCCGACCUACGUCAGCCCACAAACGACGGUCAUACUGUACGAGAAGCUCGACGUCAGCAUCGUGGAGUUAGAAACGAAGCGGAGUCUCAAGGUCAUCUGGACCGGCAUUCACAACAAGGAAGAGUCGACGCAUCCGUUCCUGCUUCCGAAGACGAGUAUGGUCCAUGAUCUUGCUGAUCAUCUGGCGAAGCAAGUUAAACUGACUCCGGGCGGAACGGGCAAGAUUCGUGUGUUUGAGGUGUCGAAGGACGGCAAGACACAGAAAGAGUUCACCGGUUCAGAGAUGAUAGGUAACAUUCCUGACCCAGUAGAACUGUACGCGGAGGAAAUUCCGCGAGAAGAACUGGAAGCCGAUGACGCCGACAAAGUGAUCAGUGUCUUCCACUUCUCCAAGGAAGUUUCACGAACACAUGGGGUGCCAUUCCGCUUUGUGGUGAAACCUGGAGAGAAAUUCUCGGAAACGAAGAAGCGCCUACAAGCACGAAUAGGCGUCUCAGACAAAGAUUUUGCCAAGUAUCGCUUCGCACUGAUUCAAGUUGCGACGUUCAAGCAGCCGUCAUACAUAGAAGAUGAGGACACCAUUUACGACCACAAGUUCGCUCCAGAAGAUGUCCUUGGUUUGGAUCACCUGGAUAAGUCAGGGAAGACGCGGACAGGCGCUGGGGAGAAAGCCAUUGUCAUCAGAGGAUGA